CGAACCCAGAACGGCUGCAGUCCUCUGACCUGAGACCAAUAGCUGUGUCUACCCGGACUCAGGUAGGUCUUGGAGUACAUACUCCAAACUGGCUCAGGUGAGCGGAUAUCUUCCUGAGGUGAAAGCCACCCCUCAAAUGAAGCGUCCAGCUCACCGCCACUAACGCGCCGCGCAUUGGACACCUGAUCCACACACCUUCGGGCACCAGUGAAAAACCGCGACUUGAUUUUCUGGAAGAACGCCCCCAGGGUGUGGGAGCGGUCGUGGAGGACCAGCAGGAGGAAGCGGAGGGGAGAGGGGCAGUAGUGGAGGCAGAGAAAGCGUUGAACCAGCUGUGUUGGCCGAAGGCACGAAAAGGCAAAAGGCAGCGGUGAGCAUCUGUGUGGUUCCCGCUGGGAACCUGCAGGCAGGACCGGCGUGGGAACGUGGCUGGCCCGCGGUGGACCGCGUCUUCGCCACAAUGGUCCGGCUCCUCUUGAUUUUCUUCCCAAUGAUCUUUUUGGAGAUGUCCAUUUUGCCCAGGAUGCCUGACAGAAAAGUAUUGCUGGCAGGUGCCUCGUCCCAGCGCUCCGUGGCGAGAAUGGACGGAGAUGUCAUCAUCGGAGCCCUCUUCUCAGUCCAUCACCAGCCUCCAGCCGAGAAGGUACCCGAAAGGAAGUGUGGGGAGAUCAGGGAACAGUAUGGUAUCCAGAGGGUGGAGGCCAUGUUCCACACGUUGGAUAAGAUUAACGCGGACCCGGUGCUCCUGCCCAACAUCACUCUGGGCAGUGAGAUCCGGGACUCCUGCUGGCACUCUUCAGUGGCUCUCGAACAGAGCAUCGAAUUCAUCAGAGACUCCCUGAUUUCCAUCCGAGAUGAGAAGGAUGGGCUGAACCGAUGCCUGCCUGAUGGCCAGACCCUGCCCCCUGGCAGGACUAAGAAGCCUAUUGCUGGAGUGAUCGGCCCUGGCUCCAGCUCUGUGGCCAUUCAAGUCCAGAAUCUUCUCCAGCUGUUCGACAUCCCACAGAUCGCCUAUUCUGCCACAAGCAUAGACCUGAGUGACAAAACUUUGUACAAAUACUUCCUGAGGGUGGUCCCUUCUGACACUUUGCAGGCAAGGGCGAUGCUCGACAUAGUCAAGCGUUACAACUGGACCUAUGUCUCAGCAGUCCACACAGAAGGGAAUUACGGCGAGAGUGGAAUGGAUGCUUUCAAAGAACUGGCUGCCCAGGAAGGCCUCUGCAUCGCACACUCGGACAAAAUCUACAGCAAUGCUGGCGAGAAGAGCUUUGACCGGCUCCUGCGUAAACUCCGGGAGCGGCUUCCCAAGGCCAGGGUUGUGGUCUGCUUCUGCGAGGGCAUGACAGUGCGGGGCUUACUGAGUGCCAUGCGCCGCCUGGGCGUCGUGGGCGAGUUCUCACUCAUUGGAAGUGAUGGAUGGGCAGACAGAGAUGAAGUCAUCGAAGGCUAUGAGGUGGAAGCCAACGGAGGGAUCACAAUAAAGCUUCAGUCUCCAGAGGUCAGGUCAUUUGAUGACUACUUCCUGAAGCUGAGGCUGGACACCAACACAAGGAAUCCUUGGUUCCCUGAGUUCUGGCAACAUCGCUUCCAGUGUCGCCUACCUGGACACCUCUUGGAAAACCCCAACUUUAAGAAAGUGUGCACAGGAAAUGAAAGCUUGGAAGAAAACUAUGUCCAGGACAGCAAAAUGGGAUUUGUCAUCAAUGCCAUCUAUGCCAUGGCACAUGGGCUGCAGAACAUGCACCAUGCUCUGUGUCCCGGCCAUGUGGGCCUGUGUGAUGCUAUGAAACCCAUUGAUGGCAGGAAGCUCCUGGAUUUCCUCAUCAAAUCCUCUUUUGUCGGAGUGUCUGGAGAGGAGGUGUGGUUCGAUGAGAAGGGGGAUGCUCCCGGAAGGUAUGACAUUAUGAAUCUGCAGUACACAGAAGCUAAUCGCUAUGACUAUGUCCACGUGGGGACCUGGCAUGAAGGAGUGCUGAAUAUUGAUGAUUACAAAAUCCAAAUGAACAAAAGCGGAAUGGUACGAUCUGUGUGCAGUGAGCCUUGCUUAAAGGGUCAGAUUAAGGUCAUACGGAAAGGAGAAGUGAGCUGCUGCUGGAUCUGCACGGCCUGCAAAGAGAAUGAGUUUGUGCAGGACGAGUUCACCUGCAGAGCCUGUGACCUGGGGUGGUGGCCCAACGCAGAGCUCACAGGCUGUGAGCCCAUUCCUGUCCGUUAUCUUGAGUGGAGUGACAUAGAAUCUAUCAUAGCCAUCGCCUUUUCUUGCCUGGGCAUCCUCGUGACGCUGUUUGUCACCCUCAUCUUCGUUCUGUACCGGGACACACCCGUGGUCAAAUCCUCCAGUAGGGAGCUCUGCUAUAUCAUUCUGGCUGGUAUUUUCCUCGGCUAUGUGUGCCCUUUCACCCUCAUCGCCAAACCUACUACCACAUCCUGCUACCUCCAGCGCCUCCUAGUUGGCCUCUCUUCUGCCAUGUGCUACUCUGCUUUAGUGACCAAAACCAAUCGUAUUGCACGCAUCCUGGCUGGCAGCAAGAAGAAGAUCUGCACCCGGAAGCCCAGAUUCAUGAGCGCUUGGGCCCAAGUGAUCAUAGCCUCCAUUCUGAUUAGUGUACAGCUAACACUAGUGGUGACCUUGAUCAUCAUGGAGCCUCCCAUGCCCAUUUUGUCCUACCCGAGUAUCAAGGAAGUCUACCUUAUCUGCAAUACCAGCAACCUGGGUGUAGUGGCCCCUGUGGGUUACAAUGGACUCCUCAUCAUGAGCUGUACCUACUAUGCCUUCAAGACCCGCAACGUGCCGGCCAACUUCAAUGAGGCUAAAUACAUCGCCUUCACCAUGUACACUACCUGCAUCAUCUGGCUGGCUUUCGUUCCCAUUUACUUUGGGAGCAACUACAAGAUCAUCACUACCUGCUUCGCGGUGAGCCUCAGUGUGACGGUGGCCCUGGGGUGCAUGUUUACUCCGAAGAUGUACAUCAUCAUUGCCAAACCUGAGAGGAACGUCCGCAGUGCCUUCACGACCUCUGAUGUUGUCCGCAUGCACGUCGGUGAUGGCAAACUGCCGUGCCGCUCCAACACCUUCCUCAACAUUUUCCGGAGAAAGAAGCCCGGGGCAGGGAAUGCCAAUUCUAACGGCAAGUCUGUGUCAUGGUCUGAACCAGGUGGAAGACAGGCGCCCAAGGGACAGCACGUGUGGCAGCGCCUCUCUGUGCACGUGAAGACCAACGAGACGGCCUGUAACCAAACAGCCGUAAUCAAACCCCUCACUAAAAGUUACCAAGGCUCUGGCAAGAGCCUGACCUUUUCAGAUGCCAGCACCAAGACCCUUUACAAUGUGGAAGAAGAGGACAAUACCCCUUCUGCUCACUUCAGCCCUCCCAGCAGCCCUUCUAUGGUGGUGCACCGACGCGGGCCACCCGUGGCCACCACACCACCUCUGCCACCCCAUCUGACCGCAGAAGAGACCCCCCUGUUCCUGGCUGAUUCCGUCAUCCCCAAGGGCUUGCCUCCUCCUCUCCCGCAGCAGCAGCCACAGCAGCCGCCCCCUCAGCAGCCCCCGCAGCAGCCCAAGUCCCUGAUGGACCAGCUGCAAGGCGUAGUCACCAACUUCGGUUCGGGGAUUCCAGAUUUCCAUGCGGUGCUGGCAGGCCCGGGGACACCAGGAAACAGCCUGCGCUCUCUGUACCCGCCCCCGCCUCCGCCGCAACACCUGCAGAUGCUGCCCCUGCACCUGAGCACCUUCCAGGAGGAGUCCAUCUCCCCUCCUGGGGAGGACGACGAUGAUGACAGUGAGAGAUUCAAGCUCCUGCAGGAGUUCGUGUACGAGCGCGAAGGGAACACCGAAGAAGAUGAAUUGGAAGAGGAGGAGGACCUGCCCACAGCCAGCAAGCUGACCCCUGAGGAUUCUCCUGCCCUGACGCCUCCUUCUCCUUUCCGAGAUUCCGUGGCCUCUGGCAGCUCAGUGCCCAGUUCCCCCGUAUCUGAGUCGGUCCUCUGCACCCCUCCAAAUGUGACCUACGCCUCUGUCAUUCUGAGGGACUACAAGCAAAGCUCUUCCACCCUGUAGUGUGUGUGUGUGUGGGGGGGGAGUGCGCAUGGAGAAGCCAGAGAUGCCAAGGAGUGUCAACCCUUCCAGAAAUGUGUAGAAAGCAGGGUGAGGGAUGGGGAUGGAGGACCACGGUCUGCAGGGAAGAAAAAAAAAAUGCUGCGGCUGCCUUAAAGAAGGAGAGGGACGAUGCCAACUGAACAGUGGUCCUGGCCAGGAUUGUGACUCUUGAAUUAUUCAAAAACCUUCUCUAGAAAGAAAGGGAAUUAUGACAAAGCACAAUUCCAUAUGGUAUGUAACUUUUAUCGAAAAAAAUAAUAAAACGUAAAAAUAAAAUCAACAAAAAUAAUCUCUUCUUUUGCUCAAUCGUGCAUACAUAUAUCUGCCCACACUCCCGUGGUAAAACUAGAAGCGAAGCAGGCCCUGCGAUGGUGCCAACUGAAUCCUAAGUUCAUCAUCCUAGUGAGCAGAUGGAGAGAGGGCAGGAGGCGGGGGUAGGUUCGGACAACAGCUCCCAUCUCAGACCUUGACUGUGCUGAGUCUUCAGACUCCUGGACUAAGGAAGACCCGGGGACUGACCUUAUGAGGGUCCCUUUCCACUGCUGUGAUCCAUUGCCAGCCUGUAGUCACCCGGGAUAAAGGCACAGUAACCUUUUGCAUUCCUGUGAUUCCCUGUGUUUAAGGAAAAGGAAAGUAUGAGCAAAGCUAUCACCAAAAAGAGCGCCAUUAGAAGUUACGGGGGAGAAAAAAAGAAAAGCAAGAUGAUAUAUAAGCACAGGGCCUUGAACAAGGUGAGCGUGCUUCACAGAUUCCGUAUUAAUGUACAGAUACUUUUGGAGAGGAGAAAGAUAACAAGGAGUGUCAGGCCGUUUGUGAACUCACUUGCACUGUGCCAACCAGGUUCUCCGCUGCCCUUCAGCAAAAGAGGACAAGCCGCGUUGCCAGGUUUUACCUUCCAUUUACUGUAGCAAAUACUAUCAACCAGUCGGACUUCUAAGAUUCAGUUUCAGUUUCAGUACAAUGCGGUGCCACUGUUUCUCCCAUGUGCUAUGGAAACGAAUCUAUCUUUGAACUUAAUGAUGUAUUCAUAGCAACUAUUACUGGUUUAGAUUUUUUCCUUUUGUCACAGGAGUCCCUGGAACUAGUAACUGAAAGUGUUUUCCUGCGUUUCUUGUAUACAUGUGAUUAUGAAAUUCGUGCCAUUUAAUGUCAAUUUAGCUGUCACUAGAAGACUGUCUUUUGGAUAUAGUAUAAAUAUUUUUAUGUACCAGUGAUGUUCUCCAUACCACGGUUACCAUGUUUCUCUGGAGGUUGGGUCUGUGGUCUGAUGUUUCUCAUGUGCAGCUUCGAUGGGAAUUCUUCUAAGUGGGAUUUAUUUUUCAGAUAUUUUAUGAUAUGAGAAUGUUAUUAAUGAAGUAAUUUGAAAGUGCAUUGUAUAAAAAUGGUCACCAAGCAAUGCGUGACAGUAAAAGGUCCGUUUUUAUAAACCUGCGCACAUUGUUAUUAAAAUGUAAGGUUGAAAAGGCAAUAUUUAGAAUAUUUCAGAUAUAUUUUUAAAAAGUUUUUCCACAGCUACUUGAGUUUCAUGGUCUUCUAGUAUAUAACAACACUCAAGUCUACCCAGAGUGUCUCAACUAUCUGCUUGUCAAUUCUGCUUAAUUUUAUUUUCAUGCAUUUAAACUUUUAUAUCUUUGUUAGCAUCUCUUCCUUAUGAUCCUCAUGUGUACUAUUAUGUAAUAACCACAUACAUGUAAUAUCCACAUACAUGUAAUAUCCACACAUGUAACAUUCACAUACAUGUAGUCCAGUUAUUCCAUCUUGACCCUACCUUUUCGAACCCAAAAGAAAAUUGUUCUUGUUAUUUUUAUUUCUUCUGUUAUUUGUGAGAUGAACCCGUUCCCUUUAAAUAAUCUUUGUUUGUGCCUUAUGUUCAGUCAUUUUAAUUUGCUGUCUUCAUGUCGAAGCUGCUGGUUUCUCAGCCAAAAAGCAUCAUCUUAGACUCUCUAAAUAGCCAAAGCAUCAUGAGUUUGGAAUUUAACAUCAGCUCCCAUGUCAGAGUUGUGCUCCUCAUGUGAUCCCACAUUCUACUGCCCAGUGUAGUGAAUUCCUUUCCAAGAACUCUUGCCUUUGCUUUCCAAGUUAUUUUUGAGCAUCUUGGUUGCAGAGAUCUCAAGAAUUUACGUCUUGGAUUCCACGUUUUCACUACGAAGAAACAGAAUGAGAAGAAGAAGAAAAAUUAGGCAGUGUAGAGCUGGGCGUAGUGGUCCAGGUCUUUAAGCCCAGGCUAGCCUGAUUUAGCCAAUAAAUUCUAGGCCUAAAAAGAGAGACCUGUCUCAAAACUCAAAGCACACAACAGAUGCUAAGUAGAUGGGUCUCCAUAAUUGGGAAGCCAAUGAGAGAAUGCAUAUUUCUUCCUAUGUUCUUUAAAACUUGAAGCAGUUACAUCCGUCUUUCAUCAUUACGGGACUCGUGCGUUCAGAGCCUUUUGUUGUUCUUUUGCCAGAAUAGAUGAGGCAACAUUUGCCUAUUCGAAUGCUGUAACAGGCAAGUUGACUCUAGGGUUUUGGUCUGAGACAUUUGGUGAACACCUUCAACACUGAUUAAAAUAUUACUGAAUGCCUACUCUUAUCCUGAUUAUGAAUCUUCCAGAAUAAAUAGAAUAUUAGCUCAUAUAAUUGUUCAGAAUUGGAGAUGUAUGCCUACUACCCUGUACCUAAAGGGCAAAAAUAUCUUCACUGUAAUGUGUGUGCUUCUUCAAGGUGUUUUGCUUCUUGUAAAAGUGUUUUCCUUUGGCUUGUUACUGCCUUUUGUCAGAUAAUCUUGAUGACGCUGUAUCAUAAUAAAUAUUUUCUAUUUAUUAAA